GAUGGUCUCUUCUGUUCUGCAGCAUGUCGAUGCCCAACUCUGAGAACACGUCCACCCUGGAGAACGCCAUGCAGCUGAUGAUCCAGACGUUCCACAAGUACUCCGGCAACGAGGGGGACAAAUACACGCUGAGCCGAGCCGAGCUGAAGGAGAUGCUGACCCAGGAGCUGGGGAACUACCUCGGGAAUGCCCAGGAUAAAGAGGCAGUGGACAAGGUGAUGGGAGACUUGGACUCAAACAACGAUGGUGAGGUGGACUUCACUGAGUUCAUCAUCCUGGUCGGAGCGCUGACCGUAGCCUGCAACGACUUCUUCCUAGAGUACAACGAUAAGGCACCAAAGAAGUGAACACACACACUCACACUAGCAAGCACACA